UUGAGACCAUUUUGAUUAAGCUUCCAGCUGAUGGUAGGCCCCUUUGGGGCGACCCCUGGGUUCAGCAGAAGCAGGAAAUGCCCAAAGAGCAAUCAGGGCUCUCCGUCCCGUGGGAAGUCCAAGGAAAACCCUCCUCCGUCCAGGUCUCGUAAGGAGCCAGUGAGCUUUGACGAUGUGGCUGUGAAGUUCACCCUAGGAGAGUGGGUUCUGUUGGAUUCUUGUCAAAGGGAGCUCUACAGAGAUGUGAUGAUGGAAACAUGUAUGAACCUGAUCUCCAUAGAGGAAGAAAAUAUUGAUGUGGACCGCCAAGAACUCCAGAGAAACCUGAGAAUUCAGGUCAUUGAGCGAUUCUGUGACUAUGAACACAGUAGCGAAUGUGCAAAGACCCACCAACAGAUACCCAAGAAUGUUGUUAACGCACACGGUCGUCCUGCAAUCACAGUUUAUGAAAGCAGCAUCUAUGCAAAAGACAUCAAUGAUCACUCAUCGUCCUAUAUGAUCGUUCAAAGCCAAACUGAAGAGAAACCAUGCGUGUGUCAGGACCGUGUGGAGAAGGCCACUACACAGGAGUCAAGUCAGGAGGAUUUUCUUUAUUCUGAGUCCUUUCAAACACUUGAGAGUGCUCCUGCUAGAGAGAACAUCUGUGAAAGUAAGCAAUCUAAUGAAUCUUUUAGUAAUCCCAGUUCUCACCAAGAUUAUGGGGGAACUUGCACUGGAGAUGAGCAACGUGAAUGUAAGCAAUUUGAGAAGACCUUGAAGGAAAAAAGUUGUGUUCAAACAUCGGAAAGGAUCCAUACUGGAGAAAAACCAUUGGCGUGUAAGAAAUGUGGUGAAACCUUCCUUCAUUCCAGUCACUUGACAAGACAUCAGCGAAUUCACUCAAGAGAGAAAACUUACUCUUGUAGACAUUGUGGUGAAACGUUCAUGUAUUCCCUGGCCCGUCAAAAUCAUGAAAAAACUCACAAAAAAGAGCAACAUUAUAUAUGUAAACAUUGUGGGAAAGCGUGUAUUCAUGCUUACCAUCUUCUGCAGCAUGAAAGACGCCACACCCGUGAGAAACGUUAUGCAUGUAAUCAAUGUGGCAAAGCAUUCAGACGGUCCUCCAACCUUCACAAACAUGAGAGAAUUCACAACAGAGAGAAACUCUACGCAUGUAAACAAUGUGGAAAAUCCUUCAUCAGUGCGGGCAACUGUUACAACCAUGAAAGAAUUCACACUGCAGAGAAAACCUAUGUUUGCCAAGAGUGUGGGAAAGCAUUUAUGUUUUCCUCAUACCUUCGAAAACAUGAAAGAAUUCACACUGGAGAGAAACCCUAUACAUGUAAAUAUUGUGGAAGAACCUUUGCCCAUUCCAGUGCUAAUUACAGGCAUGAGAAAACGCACACCAAAGAGAAGCCAUAUGUAUGUGUGGAGUGUGGGCAAGCAUUCCCUUUUUCCACGUCCCUCCAAAUACAUGAAAGAACUCACACUACUAGAGAGAAAUUCUACAAGUGUAAUCCAUGUGGGAAAGAGUUUGUGUAUUUCUCAUACCUUCGAAGACAUGAAAGAUCUCACAGUGAAAAGAAACCCAGCGGGUAGAGCUUAUACUUGUGUAAACCAUGUGUAACAGUAGUCAACCUGCUUUUUAAAAUAUUUAUCAUUUACUUAUUUGUUUAUUUAUUUGCAUGAAGUGUUGGACAAGAAUACAGCAAUGCUCUGACGUAAAUUUUAUUUAUUUGUUUACUUAUUUAUUUAUUUGCAUGAAGUGUUGAACAAGAAUACAGCAAUGCUCUGGUGUAAAUUUUAUUUAUUUGUUUACUUAUUUAUUUAUUUGCAUGAAGUGUUGGACAAGGAUUCGCCAAUGCUCUGGUGGUAAAUCUGGAGCUCAGCAGACAACUUGCUGGAAUCAGUUCUCUUUCCAUUGUGUGAAUCCUAGGGAUGGAGCUCAGGUCCUCGAGCUUGGAAACAAGUUCCUUUCCCUUCUAAGCUACCCCACCAGCCUCUGUCUUGCUUUUCUUGUGAGUGAGGUUUCUUAUGUAAGUUUUACAUUUUGUACUUUUCUGUGUAUACUUUCUCUAAAAACAAAUGAGAGAAUGUGUUGAUGGAGGGUUCUGUCCCACCCGGGCCAACAGCUGUUAGUUCCAAGAGAAUCACACAGAGGUCUACAUUAAUUACAAACUGAUUGGCCUAUUAGCUCAGGCUUCUUAUUAACUCUUAUAACUUAUAUUAGCCAAUAAUUCUUGCCGUGGUACCUUUUUCAGCGAGGCAGUCACACAUCAUGCUUGCUCUGCAUCUGGUUUCCUCUGUGUCUGGGUGAGGACUGCAGACUGAACUUUUCCUCUUCUCCAAAUUCUCCUGUUCUCACCCUGCCUAUACUUCCUGUCUGGUUGCCCCGCCUAUACUUCCUGCCUGGCUACUGGCCAUUCAGCAUUUAUUUAAAACACAAGUGACAGGGUACAGACCAUUGUCCCACAGCAAGAUUGGGCUUGAGAGAUAGCUCAGUGGUUGGGUACUUGCUGUGCUUGUAGAUGACCUGGGUAUAAUUUACAACAACCACAUGGUGGAUCACAGCUAUCUAACUCCAGCUGCAGUUGGUCCAAUGCCUUCUGAAUGUUGCACACACAUACAUACAGGAAAAAUAUACACAUAGAUCUUUAAUUAAAAACAUGAAAAUACACUGGCGAUAAUAUAAAAUCAGCAUAAGUAUAAUUUUCCCCAUAUGUGCAAGUGAACAUAGGAUGAACACCUACUCUUGCAUCAGACAUCAUAAUGUAUGCCUUUUAUUCCAACACUCGGUAUAGGGGAUAGAUUAUAGAAAAUCGCAACACUGAAUACAGAGGGCAUGGAUACAAUUCAUGAAACUUAAGAAAACCAGUUUCAAACAGAUUAAAUUGUCAUAGGAGAGACCCAUGUGUGGUGGCACAUAUCUUUAAUCCCAUUAAUUGGGAGGCAGAGGCAGGCAGAUCUCUCUGGAGUCCAGGUCAGCCAGGGAAUCUCAGACCCCAACUCAAAAAAAAAAAAGAAAGAGAAAGUGAGACUCUUUCACAGAACUAUUUCAAGGUCAGCUACAUGAGUCUCAGAAAAAGAAAGAAUGUUGUGAUUUUCUUAUGUAAUUGAAUCUUAUAAAAGUGAGAAAUGUAGAUAUCUUGAGCAAAUUAGUUUAUGUAAAUAAAUAUCCCUAAAUAAAACCUGAAAGAAAUUAUGUAAAAGUUAUGCGUGUUUACAACAUUUGCCUAUUCUUACUCAAGACUUUUUUGACUUUACUUUCUUUUUCAUUGAAAGUAUAAGUUAGUGAAUAAUUUUAGUAUGAUUGCACAUGCCUGUCUGCCCUGCUGCUCAAAGAGCUGAGUAAAACUGAGCUCACAUUUGAAGGCCAUGAAGACACCACCUUAAGGAGCAAGAACAUAAACUGAAUUGUGGAGAUGGACUUUGGCAAGUCAAUUGCAUUUCCAUCAGUUUAAUGAGUAUUUUUUAUGGUUGUUGUUUUUUAAAUCAUGAGGUAAUGCUUUACCCUUUACUGUAGAGCUAUAUUGGAUUUGUUGGAUUGAAAUGUGUUUAUUAGCUGGUAGACUAUACUAGUAAAUGCUUCUUAAAAUUGCAGUUAUGUGUUGGCACGUAUGUGUUUGGGCAUAAGUGUUUCAGGUGCACAUUUGGAUGUCAGAGGACAACUCUCUUUACCACGAGAGUCCUGAAGAUGGAUUUAGGUCUUCAGGCUUAUGGGCUUGCUGCUGAACCAUCUCACUAACCCGCUGGGUAGUUUUUGAAUAGUUGUAUUCGAUAUGAAAUUGAAAAUGUAUCAGUGUUAGUAUUUUUCUGGGUGUCAUUACAUAGUAGAUUCUUUAAAAAAACUGUUCUCAUUGUUAAUUCCUUGGCAAUUUCCAUGUAUUUGAAUAGGCACUCUAGUUUUCUCAAACUUAGCUACUAUGGUUGUAUUUUGUGAUGUCUAUUUUCUCCAAAUAAGUUUUUUUUUUUGAAUUUUGGUGUGUGUGUGUGUGUGUGUGUGAGAGAGAGAGAGAGAGAGAGAGAGAGAGAGAGAGAGAGAGAGAGAUUUGUGUUUAUUGCAGAUGUACAAGAGUAGAAGUCAGAAGACAACCUUCAAGAGUUUGUAUAUUGGCAGGUUGCAGUGUCAAGAGAUUUACUUCCUGAGCCCUGCACCAAUCCCAAAUAAGAUUUUUUAGUACUUUUUACAUGCCAUAACUCAUUAUAAGUAUACUUAAGUGCUGUAACUAUUACUAGUAUUAAGAAAUGUUGUGCACUAUGAUGGCUCAGCUGUUAAAAGAUCUUGUGUUGAUGCUGCACCGGAGUCAACAUUAAUCCUAGGACCUAUGUCCAGCAGUUCACAGUCAUAUCAGACCCAUCUGACCUCCCAGGACACCUGCAUUCAUAGGCAUGCACCCAUACAAGCACACACAUGCACAUAAAUAAACUGAUUACAAUUCAGUAUUGUUUGGUUUUCUUAUUGUUGAGCAGUAUUGUCUUGUUUAUUCAAGUAAGAGGUUGAAUAAAAUUCCAAUCUUUUAAAUAAUUUUCUCUCCUGUCUGUAAUAAUGUAGCAAGAGGAAGUAAUUAAUAUGUACAAGUUAAUCCCAUUUUAAAGAUGCCAGUUUCGGGACACAAUGACACACACCUUUAAUCCCAACACUCGACAGAUCUUUGAAUUCAAGUCUUGCGUAGUCUACAUAAGAAGUUCUAGAAGAUUGGCUUUUAUAGGAGUGCAGUCCUAGUUGUGUGGACUUGGUUUUCACCUUCAUCUAGUGUUUCAGAAAGUAUACUGGAUUCUGUUUCUCAUCACUAUCAAUACCUCUUAGCAUCACAAGAUUUACAAGGUAGCUUUCAAAUAAAUUAUAGUAAAGGAAAAAAUGUCAAUGAGAUGUGUUUAAUACACACAAACUGCUGGUCACUAACCCCUG